AUGCUUGCUCGAGCCAUCACCUCUAGUACGAAACUCUCUGAUGUUGUUCGUACGGCCUCCGAUGAGCCUCCUGAGUACGCGAUAGAGCCUCACUCGGAGUACCACACUGCUGGACUGCCGCAUAAGAUCGCUCUCUUCGCUCACGGCGAAGUCCCCGAGUACGGUGGGGAGUGGAUGGUCGCUGAUACUAGAAGGAUUAUGGAAGAACUUGAUAAGGAGGUCGUUAGGAAAUUUGAUGAGCUUGGGGCGUGCUAUAGGGUGUUUUACGAAUCUAGGGAUAACAGUGUGAUUGGAUACAAUAAUUGGCAAACGAAUAUUAAUUGUGAUAAGGAGAAAGUUGAGGAGUACUUGAGAAUUCGUGGAUACGACUGGAAAUGGAAUGAUGAUGCCUCGUUGGAAUAUUGGAAAGUGUACCCAGCAGUGGUGCCUCAUCCGGUGACUGGCGAGAAGUGUUGGUUUAAUCAAGUCCAUGCUCAACAUAAAAGCUUUUAUUAUUCCCAUCCGAAGUAUAGGGACCUGCCUAGGGACAGUAACAGAUUCCCGGUGAACACUACUUAUGGGGAUGGUACUGAGAUAGAGCCUGAGGUACUGGCUCAUAUAAGGUCUAUAAUAUGGAGGAAUUGUCACGCAGCGCCCCUACGUACUGGUGCACUACUGGUACAGGAUAACUAUCUUACUUUACAUGGACGGAGUAUCAGCAUCGGCUGUCUCGGUCGUAAGGCUCGUGAGGCACCUGUCAGUAUGCAGCAAUUCGGAUUGCAUCUGGCUAAACUGUGUUGUACUUCAUCAACGAAAAAGGAGAUACUGCAGUGUGCAGUCAUUGAUCGGAUUUCACGAGUAGUAGAGGUUAAAAUUAGAGAACACGUAACAGCGAGUACGGGUAAAGGGUUGGUGUUGAAGCCUAGGACUGUGUCGAAGUUGGCUUUGACUUUGGCGCAGUUGGAGCAGGCUUACUGGAUGGAUUUUGUGAAGUAUAAGGAGCCUGAGAUGAGCGAGGCGAAAUGCAGAUCGGACCUGAUCUGGCUGGAGAAGAAAAUGGCUUAUGGAAUUUCAGCGGCGCCUACGAACACUCCGAAUCGUUAUAAAUUGCAUCUGGUGGCUCUGCCGUCACGAGAAGUCUUCCUUACUGUUGAUAAGGAGGGGCGACCGAGGGCGGAGACGACGUAUAAGGGGAAGAGGGUCUACUUGUUGAGGAUAUAUGUGGAGGCUAAGGAGAACCUUAUCGGAGUGCCGACGGUCAAGUGGGUUAACGUACAUUGCCUUGACCCUGAGACUGGAAGGGAAGUUGUUGAGAAGAUCAAGCCGUGA